AUGACCCGUGCACGUCUCGCUUCUGCUGCGAUCGCCCUGGUGAUUUUGCAGCUCAAACCGGUCAUGGGAUCUUCGCUACAAGAUGACCCUGUAACUAUUUGCUCCUCUUACGAUCUCGGUGAUAAGAACUUUCCUGGCCGUGGUACCGAGAUUGAAGAUAACGACAACUGCGUUGUCAUUAAAAAUGGGCGCUCGACGAAGGUAAAGAGCCGCAAGCUAGAGACCGCAUUGGGUGGCGAUAUCAAGAAGCUAGAAGAUUUCUUUGGCUCCAAGACGGAGAUGAAGCUAAGCAAUCUGCCCUCCUCAGCUACGUACAGCCCGUCGCCGUGGAACAGCCUGUUAUGGCACACUUACAAUGAUAAUAUUAACUAUCAGUGGAGCGAGGGCCAGCCGAGUGCAACCGAGAAGUACGCUACGGCCUUCGGUCUCGAUGGGAAGACUCUAAUGGACAGCGUCUCCAUCAGCAGUGGCGUUGACUCCAUGAACUACAGCAUCGUGUGCACAUCGGACAGCGACUGCGAUACUCCAUGGGAGCAUUGCGGUAUUCGUGCGGAGGCGAGUUCAGGCUACAUCGAUGCAGCGUACGGCUUGAGCCACGCGUGGGCGCCAGCUUCACUUCUGGAGAAGGAGCCCAAAUGUCCCGUGACGUUCAGUGGCGUGACGUUCGAGCCCUUGGACAUUAAAGCGCUGCUGAUGAGAAUUUACGACACCGCAAGCAUUCCCACCGUAUUUACAGGUGUCCGUUACAGUGGCGGGAACUUCUCGGUCGACAACCAUGGUAGGAAUGAGGAUCCUGCGUACCGUGACCUGAACCCCGGAUUUUUCCACAUCGCUGCUACCAACAUUCUUGGCAAGCACAAAGCCACCUUCAUCGUCGACAGAUACGCUAGCUACGAGGUGUGGAACCAGCCCGUCGAUGGCUUCACAGUGCAUGAACAGAAGGUUAUGACUCCGUAA